AUGUUGCGCUUCGUCGACGACACUUUCGAUCCGGAAUUAGCGGCAACAAUAGGAGUAGAUUUUCGGGUCACUUCAAUGACUGUUGACGGAAAUCGGGUAAAACUUGCAAUCUGGGAUACGGCUGGCCAAGAACGCUUCCGAACACUAACCCCAAGUUACUAUCGCGGUGCCCAGGGUGUAAUUUGCGUAUAUGACGUAACAAGCAAGAGCUCUUUCGAAAAUCUGGAUCAUUGGAUGACAGAGGUGGAAACAUAUAUCACAAAGGGGGAUGCAGUCAAGAUGCUGGUUGGAAACAAGAUUGAUAUGCCAAACCGCGAAGUUUCUCGAGAGGACGGACUGAAAUUUGCGAAACGUCAUCGAGCCCUAUUCAUAGAAGCUAGCGCUAAAACGAAGGAAGGAGUACAGUGCGCUUUCGAAGAGCUCAUUGAGAAGAAUAUGGACAACGAAGAGUUCAUGGUGGCCACAGAAGAGCAGGCUCGGAUGGGUGAUAUGAAUAAUUCUUAUAACGAGAAUUAUGAUGACAGGGAUAACGGUGAUGUGGGAGCUAACGGCGAUGCUUAUUCUAAAGAAAGCAAGGAUGACAAAUCAGAUCGAGGUGAUCGCGAAAAGGACCGCGACAGAGAUCGCGACGAUCGCGACAGAGACCGCGACGAUCGCGACAAAGAGCGCGAUGAUCGCGACCGACACCGUGAUCGUGAUAGAGAUCGUGAUCGUGACCGCGAUCGUGACCGCAAAAAACACAGGAAAAGUCGUAGUCGCAGUCGCAGCAGAGAACGUGACCGUGAACGUCGUCGCUCGCGUGAGAGAGACCGUGGUCGCGAUCGAGAACGUGACACAACUCGUAGUGAGCCCAAAAAGAAGUACCGCUUUUGGGAUGUCCCACCUGUUGGUUUUGAACAUCUUACACCAAAGGAAUAUAAAGCACAGCAGGCUACCGGUGCCAUACCCCGAUCAAACAUGCAAGCAGCUGUACCCGUUGUUGGACCAUCGGUUACAUGUCAGUCACGUCGUCUUUACGUCGGUAAUAUUCCAUUCGGAUGCAACGAGGAAGCUAUGCUGGACUUUUUCAACCAACAGAUGCACCUUUGUGGAUUAGCACAGGCACCAGGGAAUCCUGUGCUCGCGUGUCAGAUUAAUCUAGACAAGAACUUCGCCUUCAUCGAAUUCCGCUCAAUAGAUGAAACCACAGCGGGAAUGGCCUUUGAUGGUAUCAACUUUAUGGGUCAGCAGUUGAAAAUUCGUCGUCCACGUGAUUACCAACCCAUCAGUGCAAGCUUUGAUAUGGCUUCGAGAAUGCCAGUGUCGAAUAUCGUUGUUGAUUCUCCGAAUAAGAUCUUUAUCGGUGGCUUACCGACCUAUCUUAAUGAAGAGCAGGUGAAGGAAUUGCUGUGUUCAUUCGGACAGCUGAAGGCUUUCAACCUCGUUGUUGACUCCAGCGGAACAUCAAAAGGAUUCGCGUUUGCUGAGUAUCUUGAUACAACCCUUACGGAUCAGGCUAUCGCUGGUCUAAACGGUAUGCAACUCGGAGAUAAGCAACUUGUAGUACAGCUUGCUUGUGCCAACGCGCGUAACUCGCAACCAAUGGCUCAUUCAGCCACCUCGAUUGCUGGCAUUGAUCUGUCUCAAGGAGCUGGUAUGCCGACCGAAAUACUUUGCUUGAUGAACAUGGUAGUCGAAGAUGAAUUGAAAGACGAUGACGAAUACGAAGAUAUCCUGGAGGACAUCAGAGAAGAAUGCUCAAAGUAUGGUAUUGUACGGUCCCUGGAAGUACCACGACCCAUUCCAGGUGUGGAGGUUGCAGGAAUUGGAAAGGUAUUUGUCGAAUUCGCUUCAUGUGCGGAUUGUCAAAAAGCACAAGCUGCUUUGACUGGACGAAAGUUUGCCAAUCGAACUGUUGUUACCUCCUAUUACGAUGUGGAUAGAUAUCAUCAACGGCAGUUCUAA